UGAGGGCUCAGAUGUGCUCUACCUGUGCCGCUGUGCGCGCGCUGCAGACACCUGGACUGAGCUGCACGAGCGGCCAGAAGAGUCAGUCCUACAGCUGGAGACCACACUGCUUCACACGGACCUGCUUUAACUGCUCACAGACUGACGAUUCAACCUGAGAGACCCGUGUGAACGGAACGAGACAGCACCAUCAUGAGCAGAAGAACACGGCGCUGGAUCCUUCACAUGUUCCUUUGUCUCGGAAUAAUCUACUUCAAAAUGGGGCGGUUCUCCACCGUGCUGGCGCUGGGAGCGAGCAUCAUAUGUAACCGGAUCCCGGGUCUGGCGCCCAGGCAGCGCAUCAUCUGUCAGAGCCGGCCGGACGCGCUCAUCGUGAUCGGACAGGGCGCACAGAUGGGGCUCAACGAGUGCCAGUUCCAGUUCAGACACGGCCGCUGGAACUGCUCCGCGCUCGGAGACAGGACCGUCUUCGGGAAAGAGCUGAAAGUGGGCAGUAGAGAGGCAGCGUUCACGUAUGCCAUCAUGGCAGCAGGAGUGGCUCAUGCCAUCACAGCCGCCUGCACGCAGGGAAACCUCAGCGAAUGCAGCUGUGACAAAGACAAGCAGGGCUUCCACGGCCACGCCGACGGAUGGAAAUGGGGCGGCUGCUCGGCAGACAUCCACUACGGCCUGGGCUUCUCCAAAGUCUUCAUGGACGCUAGAGAGAUCAAACACAGCGCCAGGACACUUAUGAAUCUACAUAACAACGAAGUAGGCCGAAAGGUCCUGGAGAGGAACAUGCGGCUGGAGUGUAAAUGUCACGGUGUGUCUGGAUCCUGCACCACCAGAACCUGCUGGAUGACCCUCCCCAAGUUUCGCGAACUCGGCUACAUCCUGAAAGACAAAUACAGCCGCGCCGUUCAUGUGGAGCCGGUCAAGGCCACGCGCCACAAACGACCCACUUUCCUCAAGAUCAAAAAGCCCUACUCGUACCGCAAGCCCAUGGACACAGAUCUGGUGUACAUCGAGAAAUCACCCAGCUACUGCGAGGAGGACCCUGUGACCGGCAGCGUGGGCACUCAGGGCCGGGUGUGCAAUAAGACGCUGGUGCACCAUCCCAACGGCUGCGACCUGAUGUGCUGCGGCCGCGGAUACAACACACACCAGUAUUCACGCGUCUGGCAGUGCAACUGCAAGUUCUUCUGGUGCUGCUACGUCAAAUGCAACACUUGCAGCGAGAGGACAGUGGUGCACACAUGCAAAUGAACGAUGCUUUUGCACAAGACCUUACUUCAGACUCACUUUAAUGGAAAAUCGUCAAGAUUGUCAAAGCUUUACUCUGGAGAAAGAAUUGCGUGGGAAGGAACGUGGAACUAAAAGUGUAAAUGGCUGUACCUUUGAUGCUUUCCUUGCUUUCUUCGAUAAAUCCUGAAGCUGUCUGGAUUAAAAUCAGGCUCUCUGUAAAACCCAUAACACUGACCUGCACCUUGAUUUUACCAGAGGAGCUGCUGAGACAUGGACGUCUUGAGGCAUGCAGCGAGACAUUGACAAACAGAGCAAAACAGCAGGUUCCAGAAGUAGAGGAGAGGACUUUCUUCUCCCGUUCUGCGUCAAAUCAACCCAGGUCCAAAAAUAGUGUACUAAAAGUGCUUAAUAUUUAGUUACACUUUAUUCUAAGGUGUUGUUUUUACUGAAUAAGUACUGAGUAAUAUUAAUUAACUACGUUCUUAAUAUAUGGUUAGGGUUACUUGCAGAUAAUUAUGCAUAAUUUAUUGUUAUUAUAAUCGUAAGUACAUGUAACAUGAGUAACAAGGACAACAUAAAAUAAGGUGUUAACAAAUAUUCUUUAGUACUUCUUAAAAUAAACUUAAGAAUAUCUAAGUGUACUCAACUGUGCUAUUUUGGGACACCAUGAACAUGAACUAAAAUGUGCUUUUAACAUACUUUCACUGUAAAAAAUAAAUAAAAUGUAUUCCAGUAGUCUAUGAAAGAUGGUAUCCCAAAAUAGCACAGUUGAGUACACUUAGAUAUUCUUAAGAUUAUCUUAAGAAGUACUAAAUAAUUAUUUUUAGUGUUUUAAUUAAGUACAAAAUGAGUGUGUCAAAACAGAGCACUUUAAGUACAUUAUGAAAGUGCACUUUGUUUUCUCUCUCCUGGGAAAGAUUGUAAUGAUUCAUCUUGAAACUGUUCGUUUCAAUUCAAAACUUUAAUUGCCUUAAGAUUUUUAAUAUAUAUUUUUAAGUAAAUUCCUACAGAGAAAAUAAAUGGGAAAAGUACUUCUGGAGCCAAGGUUGCUGAUCACUGUUGUGCUCUGUUGUUCAAUUCUUCCAAACCACUGAUUUUAUUUAUUUAUUAAAAACUAUGUCGUUAAAUGUAAUUAAUGAGACACUAGAAAUAAAUAGUGGAUCUGCAUCUCUGUUCAUGAAUACACUGAGAUUUAUAUAUUUUAAGAAUAGCUUUUUUAGUUUACAAGACAAGAAGCAAUAUAUAUAUAUAAAUAAAUAUAAAUAUAAAUAUAAAUAUUACGUACAUGAAAUGUCCUGUAUGCUGCUAGUCUGGAAUAAUCACAUUCACUGUAAUAUUACGAAACUACUGACCACAAGCUUUUUGUAACUGGUAUAGUGAUGAAUCCAGGUGUAGAAUUUACACUGAAAUAUUGUAAAAUAUUGGUAAGAGUUAUAUUGUAAAUAUUGUAAAAUAAUAUUUUUAUAUGUGUUAUUUAUACUUUGUACCAUUUCUGAACACCCAGUGCAUUUAUGUUUGCAUUAUAUAAUAAUUUUAAUUUGUGGGUGACAAAGUUGUAAUGUGGAUGUUAAUUAUUAAAAUCAA